AUGCAAAUUUUUGUUAAGACUUUAACUGGUAAGACCAUUACUUUAGAAGUUGAAUCUUCUGAUACUAUUGACAACGUCAAGGCUAAGAUCCAAGACAAGGAAGGUAUUCCACCAGACCAACAAAGAUUGAUCUUUGCUGGUAAGCAAUUAGAAGAUGGCAGAACCUUAUCUGACUACAACAUCCAAAAGGAAUCCACCUUACACUUAGUCCUAAGAUUAAGAGGUGGUGGUAAGAAGAGAAAGAAGAAGGUUUACACCACUCCAAAGAAGAUCAAGCACAAGCACAAGAAGGUCAAGUUAGCUGUCUUAUCUUACUACAAGGUCGAUGCUGAAGGUAAGGUUACCAAGUUAAGAAGAGAGUGUGCUAACUGUGGUCCAGGUUGUUUCUUAGCUGACCACAAGGACAGAUUCUAUUGUGGUAAGUGUCACUCCGUCUUCAAGAACGUUGCUUAA